AUGAUAUGUUACCUACUAUGCACAUGGUGCGUCCUUAAAGCAGGUCCUCUGUUUUGUUCUAUGUUCAAACCUGUGGCAAUCAUUUUCACCGCUUUCAUGGGUGCAAUCUUUCUUGGUGAUGAUUUCAGUCUUGGAAGUUUGAUUGGUGCGGUUAUAUUCGUUGUUGGAUUUUAUGCCGUAUUGUGGGGGAAAUCGAAAGAGGAGAGUGAGAUUGCAAUAGGGGUUGAGAACUUGGAGUCACCAUGUCACAAUGUUCCUUUGUUGCAAGAUAGGAACAGGUAUCCAGUGUUUGGAUGCAGUACAAAAAUAUCUCUGGCCUCGACUCUGAAGAUGAACUGCCGCUAUCUCAUUAGCUACGAAGCAUAUCCUAUUCUUCCCUUCUACUAG